CUAUAUCCAGGCGUUUCCUCACUCGUCAACUACCUGCAAGACCUCAUGGCGGGCUCAAAGCGUCGAAAGACGCGCACUUCGGAACCUGAAAAUGGACUCUGGAAGGAUAGGAAGGGACCGCUUCCAGUGACUGUUCUUUCUGGAUUUCUGGGAAGUGGAAAGACGACGCUCCUCCGUCACAUCCUCCAGUCUCCCGAUCAUGGCCUCCGAAUCGCAGUCAUUGUGAACGAUAUGGCGUCUGUCAAUAUCGAUGCGAACCUCAUCACCCGAUCCUCAAACGCACCCAGCAAGGGUGCCAAGAAUGCGGGUCCCCCCGAGGUUGCUGUGAAGGAGAAGGUGGUACAGAUGCAGAACGGUUGCAUUUGCUGCACACUCCGCAGUGAUCUUCUCACUGAGCUUGCACGUCUGGCCUGGAGCAACGAUGGCUUCGAUCACGUUGUGAUCGAGAGCUCCGGGAUCAGUGAGCCCCAGCAAGUGGCCGAGACUUUCACUGUAGAGUUGACUGAGGCAAUGGUGGAUGCCGAAGGCAUGGAGACGGAGGAGAAAGAGACGUUCAUGAAGGUCGCGAAGCUCGGUGGCUUGAAAACCAUCGCAACUGUCGAUACGAUGGUCACCGUCGUCGAUGCCUUCCGCUUCUUCUCCGAGUUCGACACCGCCGAGUUCCUACAAGACCGCUUCGGAAAAGAAGAAGUGCCUGAGGAGGACCAACGCACCAUCUCCGACCUCUUCGCCGAUCAGAUCGAGUUCGCGAAUGUAAUCAUCAUGAACAAGGUCGACCUAGUCGAUAAGCAGACCCUCGGCCGCGUUCACGCUUACGUCAAGGCGCUCAAUCCCACGGCAAAGAUUAUCGAGGCCAAGUACUCCAAGGUCAAUGUGAGGGAGAUGCUGAACACAGGCAAGUUCGACUUUGCUGAGGCGAUUGCGAGCCCUGGUUGGCUGAGGAGUCUACAUGAGAUGACAGUCAUGGAUGUCCAGGGCAAGAAGCGGGUUGCGCCAAAGCCGGAGACUCUAGAGUACGGCAUCGGCAGUUUCGUAUACCGCGCUCGGAGGCCCUUUGACCCAUUGAAGCUCUAUCACGCGUUGGAAGGAAAAUUCAUCCUCUUAAUGGAAGAGGCAGAUGAUGAGGAGGAAGAUGAUGAAGAAAUGAGCGAUGCAGGCUUUGAAUCAGACGAACGCAGCCAUUCACCCAACGACUCUGACGAGGUUAGCGAGAACACCAACGAUCUGCCACCCAUGGACCCCAAGGAGAUCCUCGCUAAUAAAAAAGCCUGCCCCCAUUUUCGCGGCCUCCACCGCAGCAAAGGCGUCUUCUGGCUCGCCACGCGCCCCUCGCAAAUGGGCUCCUGGAGCACCGCGGGCGCCAUGCUGACCCUCGGUUCCGAGAUGCCGUGGUUCUGCACGCUGCCCGUGGACGAAUGGAUGGCAGACGAGGCGACUCUAAAGUCCAUUAAAGCGGACUUCGAAGGCGAGUGGGGCGAUCGCAGGCAGGAGAUUGUGAUGAUCGGAGAGAGCUUAGAUACGGAGGAGUUGACGAAGUUGCUAGAUGGGUGUUUGUUGACGAGGGGGGAGAUGCGAAAGUGGGAGGGGGUUAUGUAUGAUAAGGGGUUGAGUGAAGAGGAGAGGGAGGAGAAGUUGUGCGAGUUGUGGGACGAUAGUUAUUGGUCGGAGUGGCCGAGGGCGGAGGAUGGAGAGGAUGGAGAGCACGAUCACGAUCAUGACCAUCAUCACCAUGGCCAUGGGCAUGCUCAUAAGCAUGAACUUAAGCACUGA